AAUCCCCCUCUGGCGUGUGAACCACAACAAACGGCGACCGUACAGCGGAUGGCAAACAAUUCAGAAUAAAUCGCAAACACAGACAGCUGCAGCUAUGGGCAAGUCCCAGUCACUGUUGGCCAAACACAAAGACGAGAGUCAAGACGCCCUGACGGCUGCUGGCGAGUACAGAGACAACCAGACGGAAGAGGACGGAAAGAACGGAGACGUAUCUCAGUUCCCCUACGUGGAGUUCACUGGACGGGACAGCGUCACGUGCCCCACAUGCCAGGGCACCGGCAGGAUCCCACGCGGUCAAGAGAACCAGCUUGUGGCACUGAUUCCAUACAGCGACCAAAGGCUCCGGCCGAGCAGGACAAAGCUGUAUGUCACGAUAUCAGUGGCUCUGUGCCUGCUGCUGUCUGGACUGGCGGUUUUCUUCCUGUUCCCUCGCUCCAUUGAUGUCUCCUAUGUGGGAGUGAAGUCUGCCUACGUCUCCUAUGAUCAGGACAAGCGGAUCGUCUAUCUCAACAUUACAAACACUCUGAACAUCACCAAUAACAACUACUACGCCAUAUCGGUGACCAACAUCACAGCGCAAGUGCAGUUCUCCAAGACGGUGAUCGGAAAGGCCAAGCUGAGCAACAGCACGGUGAUCAUACCGCUGGAUGAGCAGCAGCUCGACUACACAGUCCCCACCACCAUUGCUGAUGAGAUGAGCUACAUGUUCGACUACUGCACCCUGCCAACCAUUAAAGUUCACAACAUCGUGGUCAUGAUGCAGGUGACGGUGACGACGACGUACUUUGGUCACGCGGAGCAGGUCUCCCAGGAGAUGUACCAGUAUGUGGACUGUGGAGGGAACACCACCUCCUUGCAUGGGCACGUGCAGGUCUACCAAUAAGGGAAGCAGAAGAGCCCAUCAGAUGCUGCUGUGACCGUGGUCGCGGGGGACUGACGGGGCUGACCUCCACGCCAGGAAGUCUUUGCUCAGUGACGAUGGAAUAAUGUUUCUUAAAUUAGUCACAGUGGCUCAUCAUCCAUUUUUAAAUCCCCUACCACUUUAGUCACUUCACAUAAGUUUAGAAAACACAUUUUUUCUAUAAAACCUCCCACUGAUGGCUGCUUAUUUGCUAACAAAGCAAUCUUACCUGCCAGGGUUUUGCAGAAUUUGCCUCGGGGGGGGUUUAUCGUCGUUCUCCAGCCUGGUGCAAACAGAACACACAGAUAGGAUUUAUUACGUACUGGAAGGUGUUUCCUCCACGUCGCUUCUCCGUUCAUACUUACAUUACUGGAGUUUUAGUUAUGAUGCACUUUAGCCUGAUCCAGCUGAGAGUGACAUGAAUGUUGUUUGCGUACAGCGGGAAUGCUGCAUCUGCCACCAGCCCCCUCCUGCUCCACACCACUUUUAAAUCAUUUUACAGUAAAGAAAUAUACAACUUUUUUUUUUUUUUUGACACGGUGAAAAUCAAACCACUGAGCAGUCCCUAACCACUUCGUCGUGCCCUCUUUUCAUUCCUUCCUACGAGCUGCCUUUCUCUUCCUCUUUUGUUUCAUGAAGCUCUUGAUAUUGUACAGUGCAAUAUAGAUAUCUCAUGUCAUUGGUUUUUUGUUUUUGUCUUUUGGCUCAGAGUUUGGUACGUUCAGCUUGAGUGAGUUAGUCUUGUGUUUAUUAUUCAGCUGGGUGAUUUACAGGUAAAUGCGACUACUGUGUCACGUUCAUGUUUUACUAAAUAGUCAAAGCUUUUAUUUUCCAUUUAAGAAUAAAAAUAAGUUUGGAAAAGGGAUAUGUUUUAUUUUUAAUGGCAAAUAGGAGAACAUAAACUAGAGCAAUGUGUAAAUGCAGUUAUUAAAUAUGACCUUACUUUCUGGCUUGCUUUAAAACUCGCUAUAUCGAGAAUCGUUUGUGAGCUGGAAGCGGCUUCCUUCCCUUUAACGAGGCUGUCCUGUUAUCGUGGGCUACGGUGUCAUUCACUGUGUGUGCCGUUUAUAUCCACUCUGUAGCUUGUGUCAUGAGUUUGCUCCGAUUCCUGAGAUUUUAAACGAUCACCUUUCUUUUUGUCGUUGAAUUCUUUCUCAUAUCACCACAGACUGUUUGUGUGACAGCAGAUGCCCACUACGCUUAAAUUGCUCUAAAUAUUUUUUUAAAACACGAGCGCAAAGUUUCUGAUCGAAGUUCAUUUGUGAUAAUUUGGUGUGUAACGAACAAACUGUGAAAUUUCCUACCAUUUCUACGAGACAGUCAUAAGACGACACCAGCCUUCUUGAUGUUUGAUGACAGUGAAGGCGUGAAUGCUUCCCUGCUGCUCUCUAACAUCUACACGUGGUUUUGUGUUUUUUCAUGCAUGAAGCUGAAAAUAAAAUCAUUUCUUCAUUUUAAA